GGAUAUUUGUGAAAUUUCCUAAUUAAUUUGUCUAAAUCUUUCUUAAACAAAUUUGUGGGCCAAACAAUGGAGUGAACUUGGUAAAUCCUUGGGCAAACAGGCCCAUAAUAUUCAACGUCCAGCCCCUUUUGUCAAAAUCAAAUCGCACUUUUCACUUUGCUCUAGUGCUCUCCAAUCUCCAACGUUCGGCCCCUCCCUUCCGAUCAGACGGAAGCGGCGAUCGCCGCUCACCCUCUACAAUCAGACGACGCCAGAGACUGUAAAUCCGAUCAGACCAGCCGCGCUUGCCCUUCGUUUUGGUUACUUGCUGUCUCGGUUUAAAGGCUGUUUUACCCUAAGUGUGGGUGCAUCAAGGACAAAUUUGACUUCUCUUGAUUCUCAUGGAAUUUACUUGUUUAAGCAAAGGUGGAUGCUUCUAUAUGCCACCAUGUCAUAUGCUCAAUGUUUGUGGAUUUCGAAUCCAAUUUGACUGCCCUGUGGACUUUUCAGCUCUCUCUAUCUUUUCUCCUGUUCCAUCUGAUUUGGAUGUUCUUUCAGAUAAAGAACCAUCAAGUCAUCUGGGCCAUGGUUCUCUCGAUUUGGAUAAUGUGUCUGAUGAAACUGAAAAGCCACUUGACGUUGGUUAUUUGAUAAAAGCGGAGCCUUGCUACAAAAUCAUUAAGAACUUGUGCCUCUGGAACCCAUCUUUCACUAAUAUUGUUUUGAUUUCUAGUCCAAUGGGCAUGCUAGGACUGCCCUUUUUGACUCGAGAGAAGGGGUUCUCUGCAAAGAUAUAUGUGACUGAAGCAACUGCCAGGCUUGGAAAAAUUAUGAUGGAUGACCUUAUUGCCAUGCAUAUGGAAUUCAAACAGUUUUAUGGAUCGGAAGAUGAUGCUAUCUCACAGUGGAUGAGGCAGGAAGAUCUAAGUUUGCUUCAUCAUAAGCUAAGAGAAGUGGCUUUUGGGCAGGAUAGAGCAGAUUUUGGCGGUUGGAUGCCCAUGUACAGUGCAGCUGACGUUAAGGAUUGCAUGCAGAAGGUUGAAACUCUUAGAUAUGGGGAAGAAACAUGUUAUAAUGGCACACUAGUUAUAAAGGCAUUCAGCUCUGGUCUUGAAAUUGGCUCUUGUAACUGGACUAUUAAUUGCCCAAAGAGAGACAUUGCAUAUAUUUCAAGUUCUAUCUUUUUUUCCUCCAACGCAAUGGAUUUUGAUUACCUUGCUCUUCAGAAGGAGACAAUUAUUUAUUCUGACUUCUCGUCUCUGGCAUUUAUGAAUGACGUAGAGAAUGAUACAAGAGUAUCACUUAUAGACAACACCUUAUUGCCUCUCAGUAGUAAGGAGGAGACUUUGGCUAAUUUAUUGAGUUAUCCUGCUGAGACAGUGGAGGAAUCAGAAAAACUUUAUUUUAUCUGUUCUUGUGCUAUCCAGUCUGUUGAAUCUGGUGGUUCAGUCCUUAUUCCUAUCAAUCGACUUGGUGUAAACCUGCAACUUCUAGAGCAGAUAUCAGCUUCACUAGAUUAUUCAGAUCUGAAGGUUCCUAUAUAUUUUAUUUCUUCUGUAGCUGAGGAGUUGUUGACAUUUGCCAAUGCUAUACCAGAAUGGCUAUGCAGGCAAAGACAACAUAAGUUAUUUUCUGGAGAGCCGAUGUUUACAUUUGUUGAGCUCCUUAAAGAGAACAAGCUUCAUGUCGUUCCUGCCAUUCAUUCACCCAAAUUAUUAAUAAACUGGCAGGAACCAUGCAUUGUAUUUUGUCCUCACUGGAGCUUACGACUUGGUCCAGUGGUCCACUUGCUUCGACGUUGGUGUGGGGAUCCUAGCUCUUUACUUGUUCUAGAGAAGGGACUUGAUGUUGAGCUUUCUCUCUUACCGUUCAAGCCUAUGUCUAUGAAGGUCCUUCAAUGUUCAUUCCAAUCUGGUAUAAAUGUUUAUUGGCAAGGAUUUCGAUUCAUUUUUUUGGGGGGUCGAACGGAAUUUCCAAAAGUAAAACAGAAUGAUUUGGGGAAAGGAAUCAAUGCAGCAAUAAUGUUCCUUGAAACGAAGAUUCAAGUGAAGAAAAAGUUGUUGCUUAGGGAAACAGAAACUGGUUGGUUGCAACGGAGAAUGAAGUAGCCGAAAGUUAUCUGUUUGCGAUGGAAAAAGAAGUCAAAGUCGGCCGUCGUCUGGAUGUGAAGGAGAAAGAAAAAGUCGACAAGUGGAUGGGAAAAGAAGAUGGUGGCAUUCGUCUGGAUGCGAAGAAGGAAGAAAACGCUGGCAAAUGACAAUCUACGGUGGUCCAAAGAGAUGAUCGGGAAGAUGGAAGAAUCGUGUGAAGAAGUUGAAGUUGCACACGUAAGGAUGCCAAUGACGUGGCAGAAAGUGAUAGGAGAGAAGAAUAGGGCAAGAGAAAUAAACCUUAAAAUCUUGGGCUUUAUUUUUCCUAGUGGGCUUCAACUUUUGUUAUAUGGACUUCAACUUUUGAUAAAUAAAAUAGUGGAGGUCCAUUAUUGUGUAGAUGAAGUGGGUGGAGAUUUUCAAGAAUGGGGGAGACGAAAAACGUGCCUAAAGGUGGGGAAAGGAAGAUUCGGUAAUAAUUGGCUGGUUUGUGGGUUCUGAAGGAAGAAUAUUUUGGGCUAUGGGCUGAAGGCAAGGGAUCCGUUUGGAGUCCAGAAUUUUUUGAAGUUGAAGGGAAUUUUUUUUUCAAACUUGAUGAGCAUAUCACUUUGAAGAGUUGUAAUAAAAAAAAAAAGAAAAAAGAAGAGGGGGUAAAU